AUGGCAAGCUCGAGCCUUCUGGAGUCGCCAGGAAAUCCCUUUGCACCCACCGGUAUGAGCAGGGCACCCACUAGACGACCGCCUAGGCAGCCUAUCGUCUCCCACCACGAAGUUAUCGAGAUCUCGUCCGAUGACGAUGAACCUCCGCCACCACCACGGCGCACAUCUGUGGCACCGUCGAGCUCGACAGUCGCAGAGCUGCGGAAGCAAGUUAGGAGGCUGAAAGAUGAAAAAGAACAGCUCAAGCGCAAGGUUCAGACAUUACACGAUGAUCUGGAGAGCACUGUCCAGAAGAUCCGGUGUCUGGAGACGCAAAGUAAUGAAGGGAGAGAUAAGGUUGUACUGCCUUACGAUGACCUCGAAGAUAUCAUUUCUUGCAAUAUCUGUACAAACACUAUGUUUGUACCGUACAUCCUUUCUGGAUGUGGACACACAUUCUGCCAGAAGUGUCUGAUAGAAUGGUUCGACGCGACGUUGCGCAACUUUCUCAACGCCAAUCCUCAUUACAACCCCAACCAACCCCUCGGACCACACCUCGCUGCAUUGCUUCAGCAACCUCAGUUGCUGAUGAAUCCCGCAGCCGCCGCCUUCAUCGCUGCCCACUCACCACCGCAGCCACAGUAUAAUUGCCCGGAAUGCCGAGCCCCAGUCAAAUCCGCUCCGACGGAGAAUUUUGGGAUGAAGUCCCUAGUACAGAUGGUCGCCAACGCUCGAAAGGAGGCCAUCCCACCGCCACCCGCUCGCCCGAGGGCGAGCGUAUGGGAAGGUUUCUUCCCUCGGCGAACUUGA